ACAUGCGUCGUGCCGCCGCUCCGCCGCCGCUCUCACACACACCGCUCCCGCAUUGAUCACGCAUCCACCGAACACAAGUUGAUACCGUGUUCAGAUAAAAACGAACAUUCGCUUGUUUGUUGUGCGAGAGUUUCAGCGCGAAAAUAUCAAGCGUUAAACAUCCGAGUCGAACAAGUCAAUAAAUAAAAUUCAUAAACUCAAUGUUUCAAAAAGAAAAUUAAACAACCACAACGAGUUGUGUUAAUGUUUCGAGUGCUGUGCUUCGUAAAUGUGAACAUUAACUGCACUCAUCGAUUUUGGACGUAAUAGUAAACGAGUAAUUCAAGACGUGGAGUUGCGUCUUCCUUCCUUCGAGCGACCGCAAAGCCCAAAGGACUUAUAUAACAACUCCUUACGUAGCAAUCUAGAAAAAAGGGAAGUGGAGCAGCACAGCGGUGCGCCGUAAGAGGAUUAAGAUUUCAUGGAAUAUGCAAUUGACCGCAGAACAACCGCCGAGUUAAAAUUAUAGAGACGUUGAGGCUCGUCCGCGCGGAAGGAGAACGCAAAGUUUUGCCGAGAUGGCAUCGUUGGAGAAGUAAUCCACAAUGAGCGCAUUGUGGCGAUGGAGGACGCUGGCGCUCGCCACCCUCCUCGCCUACCUCGGUACUGUCGUCGCCUGCCCUGGAUCGUGCGUCUGUAAAUGGAAGAAUGGUAAACAGACAGUGGAAUGCAACGACAAAAAUCUUCUGUCGAUUCCAGCCGGUAUGGAUCCAGGCACGCAGGUGCUUGAUAUGACCGACAACAAACUAGAUGAACUCCAUUCAGAGAUCUUCCUCAAAAUGGACUUAAUCAACCUACAGCGGAUCUAUCUCGUGAGAUGCCGCAUACACGCUAUCGAUGAGCACGCAUUUCGAGGUCUUACCAAUCUGGUCGAGUUGGAUCUUGCUGGGAAUCUUCUAGAUGUGGUUCCGACUGAUGCAUUCCUCGACUGCAUUUCACUCAUGAGACUUACACUUAGUUCCAAUCCUAUUAAGAUCAUUAAAAAGGCAUCGUUUGCCCGUCUUGGGUUUCUCAAUACGCUGGAAAUUAGCGAUUGUGAAUUGGAGGAGGUGCAAGAAGAUGCUUUCCAUGGUCUGCACAGUUUGGAGUGGUUACGAUUGGACGGCAAUCAGUUGAAGAGCGUGCAAGGACGGCGUGUAUUACCUGAGAAUUUGCGCGGUGUAGAAUUACAGGGAAACCCGUGGGAAUGUGAUUGUAGGCUGGUUGAGCUACGCGCGUGGCUGAAACGUUACAAUGGUUCGCAGACCACGGAGCCGACCUGCCACGGGCCGUCGAAGCACGCGAAGCGGACGAUCAAAUCGAUCGCCGCAGACGACCUCGCGUGCCUGCCGGACGUGUCUCCCACCAGCCUCUUUCUGGAGAUCAGCGAAGGCAAGAACCUUACGUUGAUGUGCAACGUGCACGCGACACCCGAGGCGCGCGUCACGUGGUGGUUCGAAGGGCAAUUGCUACAGAACGACACGCUGAUCUCUCCCGGCGUCCGCCUGCUGUACUUCAUCGAAGAGGAUGGUGAAGACAAGCGGAGCGAGCUGUUCCUCUACAACGCAAAUGCUGAUGAUAACGGCACGUUUGUCUGCACCGCGGAGAACCCGGCUGGGAGUGUGAGCGCUAAUUACACCAUUCGGAUCAUUGUUAAAGAGGAGCCAAUCGUUAUCGGCGAGGUGUUCCCGUUCGAGUACGUGCUUGCGGGGGUCAUCGGAGCCGUGGCCCUAUUCAUGGUCGUGAUCGUUACGAUUAUUGUUUGCGUUGUCAAAUGCCGCCGCAAUAAUAAACGCAUGGAGAAACGCGAGAAGACCAAGGAGGUCGCCCUGCAAUACCAACAGAAUACAAAUUCGAAAGUCACUCGUGAGGAUGACACCGAACAGAUACCACCUAGUAUUAAACAGAACAUCAACGAACAAGAGCAUCAGCAAGAUAUCAUGUUCUAUAGCCCACCUUUGAGCAAGAACAUUCUAGGCACAAUGUCACCCGUUGCGAUGGCAAAUCAACUCCAUAGUCCUAUUUCUCUUAGAAGAUAUCAACUGGAGCAAAAUCCUGACCUCAUUAACGAUACUGAAACAGGAGUUCGAGUUCGGAAGGAUGACGUUGAAGGAUGUCGCGAUGCUUCUGUAUGCACUGAACAGUUGACUCCAAUGUUGCACCCAACGCUGGUGCAGUUCCAACCCAUUAGCUGUAUGCGAGGUUCUAGAAAACUCUAUUCAUUACACAGUUGGGACGCUGGUUGCUCAAUGGAUUCCGAAGGUUACCCAGCUGAUUAUGGACUACCAAAGAUCCAACCUCAACACCAGCAUCAGGUACCACAUUCACAUCAACAUCACGCCGCUCCUCCACCACAGCCACAACCCGCUGAGAAUUUCUAUAGAACGUUGCCUUACAAUCGCGCCGCAAAACGCGCAUCCGCCGCAAACCCAAUGAGCAGGUACUCUCGAGAAGCAGAGUUCCUCUCGCGUAGUGCCCACCCUGCUCCUUACGAGCACUACUGCCCUGAUGUCCGGUACACGGCUGAUGGUUAUCUACCGAAACACUGCGACGUCGGCACGAUACCGCAGGUCACGGUCAUUCCAUCUCCUCCGGAGGGUUAUAAAACUGACGGGGCGCCCUCAUCGCUACCGUGCGCUACCACCAUUUGCUGGCCAGCGCGCGUGAAAACCGCUCCGAUAACGAGCGCAGACAACAAAUGCUCGACGAUUAGUCGGCGGUGCGUUGGAGCCCAGACCACCGAGACUGGUAACGACCGGCAGCAUGCGGCGAACGCCAAGACUGAACCGCCGCCGGGGGCUACUUCCACACCUGACGCUAGCAACGAAGUGAACCAGAGCCCAGACGAGGGCUACGUCGACGAACAGGCAGUGACACUCUAGAGUGCUCUAGACGAGACGUGCAAAAAAUCCUGGUGCGCGACGGGUUAAUUGAGAGUGGUCUCUGACAGUGUGUUACAAACGGCUAGGACGUGUUAUAAACAGGGUAAAAUUGUAAAUUAUUUACGAUCACGUUUAGUUCACAUUUCCACUAAAACUGAACCAUUACGACCUCCCUCGGCUAUACAUCAAUAUAUAUAUAUUGUCAAAUUCGGAAUCUUGUAGCACUUGUAGUACUGCAUUUCUCAAUGUUCAGUGCAGGCCGUUGAAGUUGUUACUAAACUCGAACAUGAAUACGCCGUCGAUCGGUGAGCGCUUUAGUACGCUGUAUGCCCGCGGAAAACAAAACAAGCGAAUGUUAUCAGCGCAAAAUGGCGGUGCGCGCGCACAGCGAAUGCUUUUGACAUACUCGAACGUAACAUGACGCCCUGAUACGGUGCGGUUGGAGAAUUCGCUAUAUGUGCGCUGCAUGCACCUGAUGAUGAAUCGAAGUCGUACAUUAAAGCAAGCUUGCGAACAAUCUCGCACACCGAACGACCUGAACGUGCAACACGCAUUCAGCCGGUGUUACAUCGGCGCACACUUGCUUUCCGCGCGGAAAACAAGAACAUUGACGCGGAAUGAAGAGUGGAAAUGCGGAAGCGCUGAAAUAGACGGCGCGUAGCGGAUUCGGAUUACCGACGUGGUCGGGUUCGAACAGUUGCAGAAGCGUCGAAUACAGGUUAGACGAGGGAGGGACAAUGAUGGCGCUAGACUUAACAACAGGUAAUUCAGAUUAAUUAGAAGCGCAAAACUAAUUGUUUUCUGUAUAGAGGUGCACUUGAUAGCAACUACUCAAUUGCAGAAUUUACACAUUGUACAAUGUACAUAAAAUUGAAUUUGUCCAAUUUGUCGGAUGAAUAUAAAACAUGUAGAUAAAAAAUUUUAAACGAUGGUGCGAUAUUUUACGUUACGUAGGAGACUUUUGUUUCUGACGACUCUUAAUGAUAUCAUAGAACAAAACCGAUUAUAAUGAAUACCAAUCAUUACGGCAGUAAUAGAAAUAAUGCGAAUCUUAUACACGGAAUGUACUUACAUAUAUAUAAAUAUAUAUACUAGUUACAUUUACACGUUAAUUGGUAGAGUUUAUGUAAACAAACAAAGACGUAGAGGAAACUGUUAAAGUUAUUAUUCGUUUUUUGUAAAUAACUGUUUGGUCUUUCAUUAUAAUGACGAUAUAAACACAGGAUAUAAUAAUAAAAUUUUCACAAAAAAA